GGGCCUCCUGGGCCUCCUGGGCUUCCUGGUCCCCCGGCACCUCCGUGGCCUCCGUGGCCUCCUGGGCCUCCAGGGUUUCCAGGGGCUCCUGGUCUUCCUGGGGCUCCUGGGCCUCCUGGGCCUGCUGGGUCUCCUGGGCCUUUCCUGAACGUUUCCUCUCCUCCCGGGGCCUCAUGGGCCUCCUGGGCGUCCAGGGGCAGGGGGCCUCCUGGGCCUCCGGUGCCUCCUGGGCCCACGGCGAAUCCUGGGCUUCAGGCGCCUCCUUGGCCUCCGUCGCCUCCUGAACCUCCGUCGCCUCCUCGUGCUGUGGUGCUUCCUGAGCCUCCGGCGCCUCCUGGGCCUCCUGGGCCUCCUGCGCCCCCGGUGCCUCCUGCGCCCCCGGCGCCUCCUGCUCCCCCGUCGCCUCCACCGCCCCCGCCGAUUCCUGCACCCCCGGCGCCUCCUGGGCCUCCUGGGCCUCCUGGGCUUCCUGGUCCCCCGGCACCUCCGUGGCCUCCGUGGCCUCCUGGGCCUCCAGGGUUUCCAGGGGCUCCUGGUCUUCCUGGGGCUCCUGGGCCUCCUGGGCCUGCUGGGUCUCCUGGGCCUUUCGCAUGA